AGAUGGCGACUUCCAGAUCGUGAUACAUGUGCUCACAGCUUGUAUGGGAAAAACUUGUCUAAAUUCCUUUCUCGAUCGCUGUCUUGCAUUGAAACCGUGAAAGUAGUGAAUCAGUACAUGCAGGGCUAUGGAUGAAGAAAGCUUUCCCCGUGGUCGUGGCAAAAACAAGAUUGACUCAUCCCUGACGCAAAAGCCUGUCAAGAGAAAACAUGACCAGUUGGUUCUGUUUGAGGAUGAUGGUGCAUCAGGCAAGGAGAGGAAAGUGACACUCAGGAAGGAGAAGAAAUCCAAGAAGCCAAAGCUGAGUGGAGAUGAUGAUGAGGAGUCACUUCCGAAGCAGUUUGAGUAUGAUGAGGAGACAGAAGAACACAUAGACAGCAUUGGUGAGAGGCCUAAGGCUGCACCUGAGACUGUUCCAAAGUUCUCUCAACUCACGCACAAGACCAUAUCAGCAGACAUGCUUAUAUUGGGAGUGGUGAAAGAAGUCCAUGAGUACGAGAUUGUUGUCAGUCUUCCCAACAUGAUGACUGGCUAUGUGCAGAUCACCGAUGUGUCAUUUACCUAUACCAAACUAUUAGAAAUGUUGGGGGAUGAUUCGAUUGAGCUUUCUGAAGAUAUGCAGGAUGUACCCAGUCUACAGACCCUCUUCACUGUGGGUCAUCAGGUUGUCUGCAAGGUCAAGUCAGUAGGGUCAACAGGGACAGGACGGCAGCGGAUCCAGUUGACCCUUGACCCCCAGGCUAUCCACUCACAAUUAAACCCUGGCAUGUUGAAACCAGGAAUGAUAAUAUCUGGCAGCGUGUCCAGCAUUGAGGAUCACGGGUAUGUCGUUGAUGUAGGCAUCCCUGGAGUGAACAGCUUUCUCAGUAGUGGUUUAGCUGAAGCAUUCAUCAUGACAAACAACCAAGGGCAACCAUUGUCCAUUGCCCAGCCAAUCAAGUGCCUCAUCAAGGACGUGAAAUCGGAUGGGAGGUCUCUUGUUCUCUCUGCAAAUCCAAGCUCUGUUGCCAAGGCGACGGCCAAGAUGUCUUCCCAUGACAGUUUUGUCUCUCUUGUGCCCGGGACAAAGGUCAAAGCUACCAUUCAAAAUAUUAAUAAAGACAACAUCAGGGUUGAGUUCCUGUCUUCAUACAGGGGCUGCAUAGACCAACUACAUUUUGAAGACAACACUAAACCUUCCACUGAGUACGAGGAAAAACAAGUGGUGCGAGCAUGUGUAAUAUUCCACUGUCCUCACAGUAAAUCCCUGGGGUUGAGCCUGAUGCCGGCGCACACUGAGUCCCCAGUGCAGGCUGAUCAGCAACCUCUAUUCCAAGGCCUGUGCACUGGUGACAUCAUCAAGAAAGCCAAAGUUGUAAGGAUAGAUCCCAAAAUUGGAAUGUUGCUUCAACUGAAUGACCAAGACAGAGGCAUUGUUUAUCUUCCACAUAUAGCAGACACAAAGGUUACCAAUCCGAACAGUCUGUACCACGUAGGCAGCAAGGUAGUCUGUAGGAUAUUAGACUUCAACUUAAUGGAUGGGAUAGCAACAGUCUCUAUGAAGCAGUCUGUGUUGGAUCAGCCAUUCCUUGGUUACCAUGACAUCCAGCCCGGUUGCUUGGUCGAGGGUACCCUUACAGCCAUAUUGGAGAAGGGUCUCUCCAUUAAGAUAUCUGAUCAUGUGAGUGGGUUUGUACCCAGAAUUCACAUGGCUGAUGUGAUCAUUCAUAAACCGCAGGGCAAAUUCACUGUCGGCGAGCUGUUGGAACUCAGGGUGCUGUACGUGAAUCCAGAGAGACGUCGCCUGCUGCUGACCCACAAGAAAAGUCUUGUCCAUUCUACACUGCCUGUCAUAACCUCUUACGAUCAGCCUCGCAGGGACAUGAUACUGCACGGUUUCAUUAUCUCAAUCAAGGACUUUGGCUAUCUCGUUCGUUUCUACAAUGAUAUCACAGGUUUGAUCCCACGUUCCGAGCUCUGUACUGGCCCACAACCAGUACCAGACGGCUCUUACUUCAUUGGUCAAGUAGUCAAGUGCCGAGUAAUCAAGACCUACUCACCAGAAGCCAAACGCAUCACUCUGUCACUCAGGCUAUCAGCAACAGAGGAUAAACAGACCAAGGAAAUUGACUAUAAGAACCCACGCAUGGGCAAGCUGACGGAUGUUAAAGUAACAAAGGUCAGAGAUCUUGGACUUGAGGUCAGCAUUCAUCCCGAAGGCACCCCUGCAUUUCUUCCCAAAGUGCACCUGUCAGACUUUGUUGAAAAUUGCAGCCUGAUGUUGGCAUGUUACGAGAAAGGUGACACCAUAACCAAUGCCAUGCACUGGUCAUUCUCACCCACCAGAAACUGUGCCAUUGUAACUUGCAAACCAAUGCUGAUAGAAGCCAGGCAAAAUAAAGAGCUGGUCCGAGGCUUCAGCGAGGUGCAGUCGGGGACACUGGUCAUGGGAGUGGUGAAGCGAGUAAUGCCGUAUGGAAUCUUCAUUGAACUCCCGAAUAACGUCGUUGGACUAGCCCCAAAAGCUGCAAUGUCAGAUGAUUUCAUCAGCAGCUCCAACGCCUUCCAAAUUGGCCAGACCCUAAGAGCCCGAGUCUCCGAGGUGGACCACGAGAAAUCUCGCUUCCUACUGAGUCUCAAGUCGUCCAUUUGCCUCCCUAAGAAGGGCGAGGGGCAGAGCUUGCUGGAAAAGUACUUCCAUGAGAGGGAUGUGAUCAUCAGAAAACUGGCAAACAAGGAAGGUUGGGAGAAGCUCUUGGAGAUUCAGAUUGGUAGCGAAGUCACGGCCAGGAUAACCCAGAAAGUAGAAGGAGGUGUUUAUUGUAAACUGCCCAACAAACUCUCUGGAUACAUCCCAGAUGCUGUCAUUGAAGAACAAGCAGAUAUUGAGGAGGGGUCGAAGGUCAAAGCCUGUGUCCUGCAUGUAGACCUCAGUGCUAAAGUGGCUGAAUUAACCCUUGAUCCGGAAAUCAUCAAAUUUGUUGCCUUGGAUGCCAAAAAGAAGAAGACGCCCAAGAAGAGCAAGAGUUCAGAGGAUACAGAAGCGGUGGUUGCCAUGGUGAAGGAUGAUUUCAUCCUGGUGUGCUUGAAGGCCUCUGGCAAGCUGGCUUACAUUCCUGGGAGAAGGCAUCUCAAUGACAUACGGACAGGAGUUGAUGUGCUAAUAGUUGGACAGACAAUAAAAGUUACCAAACAAAGGAUGCUCAACAAUCGCAUCUUGGCAUCACAGUUUGUCAGCAAUAAGAAAGACCCUAAGCCUGCUCCAAAGAAAGCAGGAGAUGCCACCACAACAGCUGAACAAAAGGAGAAGAAAAAGAAGACACCCCAGGGAGUGAUUGAAGCUCACAAGUUACAGCUAGGCCAAAAGGUCACUGCUGUGGUGAGGUCUGUACAAGAGUGUCAGCUGAAUGUCAGGGUCAACCAUGUGAUCACUGGUAGAAUCCAUGUGACUGAAAUAACUGAUAAGAUGGUUCAGAAUAAGUUUCCACUGCACAAAUUUAAAGAGGGUAUGGAGUUGGAGGCCAAGGUCAUAGGUCACCGUGAGGUCAAGGAUCACCGCUAUCUUCCCAUCACACACACCAACUUCACCAAGUUGGCAUUGGACCUGACCAUCAGACCAAGCAAACUGAAUGAUGACAAGUACAUUGUUGAAGAUGAGUCAUUACAGAAACAACUGCAGAGGUAUCAAUCAGGACAGACCAUCAGCUGUGUAGUACAAAAGUAUGUGGAAAACAUCUUGUGGGUGUUGGUAACCGGCUUGCUGCAGGGCAAAGUGUACCAGCUAAACCUGUGCAAAAAUCUGGGCAUGUUGGAGCACCCAGCCCAGUACUUUUUGCCAGGGUCCGUCCGGAAGGCCAAAGUUGUCAGUGUGGACCACCAGCACCAAGUUUUAGAACUCACACUAGUUGGUAGUGGAUCCACAGAACUGACCCCUGGCACGGUCACCAAUGGCCGGAUAUUAAAGAUACUGUCUGGCAUUGGCCUGGUCAUCCAGUUACCCUUCGGAUAUCGUGGUCGAGUCUUUCUAACAGACCUGAGAGACCACUACACAGAAAAUGCACUGAAGGGCUACAGGGAGAAACAGUUUGUAAGAUGCUGUGUUUUGGAGGUGGCAGACAAAGAGAAUGUAGCCUUGUCAAUGCGACCAUCUGCUGUCAGUAAACACCAUGAUCCUGCCAUUAAUCCAGACAUAUCGUCCAUUCAGGAGCUGUCAGUAGGAGAUGUAGUCAAGGGCUAUGUCAAGAACUUCACCAAAGUCGGUGUCUUUGUCAGCCUAUCAAGAAAGCUGCAGGGCCGAAUUCAGCUCAAGAACCUGUCAGUCUCGUACAUCAAGGAACCAGAAGCAUUGUUCCCUAAAGGCAGACUUCUUACCGUAAAAGUUCUCAACAUUGAUAAAAAGUCCCAUAAGAUUGAGCUGUCAUCCUCUGGUUUAGAUACAGGAGCAGAUGACCCAGUACCCAAGCAUCUCGGGAGUCCAAAGCCAAAGCCCAGGAAGAGAAGGCGUCAAGAUUCACAAGGGAGCGAUUUAGACAGUGGCUUGGAAGAACCGGAAACACUCAGUGAUUCAGAGGUGGAGGUUGUACAUACACCUCGACAAGACACACCAGUGGCCAGGCUACAAGUCACAUCUGGGUUCACUUGGGACACUAACCCGAAGGUGAAAGAUGCGAGAGGCGAGACGAUGUUCCUAGGUGAUCAGGAGGACUCCGGCAGUGAUGAGAGUGAGGCGGAGGCGGAGCAGACCAGUCUAGAGGAGCCGCAGCCAAAGAAGAGCAAAAAGGAGAAACAAGCAGCAGAGAAGGCAGAGGAAGAUUUGCUGUAUAAGAUGGAGCGGGAGUUGAUGGAAGUCGACCGAACCCCAGAGACAGCCGAAGAGUUUGAUCGCUUGGUCCUGAGCUCACCAGACUCAUCGCUAAUGUGGGUGCGCUACAUGGCGUUCCACCUGCAGUCUGCUGAGAUAGAGAAAGCCAGAGCAGUGGCUGAGAGAGCUCUCAAAACCAUCAAUUUCAGAGAGGAGCAGGAGAAGUUGAAUGUCUGGGUGGCCUUCAUGAACCUUGAAAACCUGUAUGGCUCAGAAGAGACAUUGCUCAAGGUGUUUGAGAGAGCCCUGCUACACUGUGAGCCGUUGAAAGUCUUCCAGAACCUGGUCAGCAUUUACUCUCGCACUGGCAAACUUGAGUCAGCAGAACAACUGUACAAAAGCAUGGUGAAACGCUUCAACCUGAAGAAGGAUGUGUGGAUCAGUUACGGUUCCUUCCUCAUGCAAAAUGGUCGGCAGGAUGACGCCCACAAACUCAUGCAGAGAAGCUUCAAGAGCCUGAUGCCCAAAGAACACAAUGACGUAAUUGUCAAAUUUGCUCAGAUGGAGUUUAAGUUUGGUGAAGCAGAGAGGGGCAAGACAAUGUUUGAGAAUAUCCUGAGCAACUACCCCAAACGAACUGACAUAUGGUCAGUCUACCUGGAUAUGAUGAUCAAGCAAGCAGAUGUGAAAGCCAUUAGGUAAAAGACCUUAUUAAUC